AUGCAGAAGAAGGUGUUGCUUACAAGACACUUCUCCAUCUCCGUGGGGCGCUAUGGCAUCAACAAAGUUGUCUCAUCGGCUGCAGAGGCACUAAAAGACAUGAAGCCAAACACGACGGUUCUAUGUGGCGGCUUUGGUCUUUGUGGUGUCCCAGACACGCUCAUCAAUGAAGUCCUCAACAAGUCUGACGUUACCGGGCUGACAGCCGUUUCCAACAAUGCCGGAACUGACGACUUUGGCCUUGGGAAGCUCUUAAAAAGCAGACAAGUGCGCAAGAUGGUUGCAUCCUAUAUCGGAGAGAACAAGACGUUCGAGAAGAUGUAUCUGACAGGCGACAUUGAGCUGGAACUUACCCCUCAAGGUACGCUAGCAGAACGCUGUGCUGCUGGUGGCAAGGGUAUCCCUGCUUUCUAUACACCUGCUGGCGUCGGAACUGUUGUUCAAAGUGGUGAUCUCCCGUCUCGGAACAAAGGAAUUGGGUCUUCUAGCGAUGCCCAAUUCCCAGAUCCCAAAGAUGUAAAGGUAUUCGAUGGCAAGCCUUACCUUCUUGAGCGCAGCAUCUCAGGAGACUAUGCCUUUGUGAAGGCGUUCAAGGCAGACAAGCUAGGAAAUUGUCAGUUUCGCCUUGCAGCUCAAAACUUCAACGGUCCAAUGGGUCGUAAUGCUAAGAUGACAAUCGUUGAAGCCGAACAUAUUGUUGAACUCGGGGAGAUUCCCCCAGAGUCAGUUCAUCUACCGGGAAUUUAUGUGAAGCGAGUUAUCCAGAGCACUGCAGCCAAAGGCAUCGAGAAAUAUACCUGGAACGAACAAGACGUCAAGACUCUGGGCCAGGGCGAGGUUGCUACAAAGCGAGAACGCAUCGUCCGACGGGCAGCGAAGGAGUUCAAGAAUGGAAUGUAUGCCAAUCUUGGGAUCGGUAUGCCCAUGUUGGCAGCCUCGUUCGUUGGACCCGAUGUUGAUGUCCAGCUUCAAUCGGAGAAUGGCAUCCUAGGACUCGGACCUUAUCCAUCCAAAGAACGCAACGAAGCUGAUUCAGAUCUUAUCAACGCCGGUAAAGAAACAGUCACUUUGAAGCCUGGUGCAUCUGUUUUCAGCAGCGACGAAAGUUUCGGCAUGAUCCGUAGUGGUCGUAUCGAUGUAACCAUCCUUGGUGCUAUGCAAGUCAGCGCAACAGGGGAUCUGGCCAAUUGGAUGCUCCCAGGAAAAGUCAAAGGCUUCGGCGGCGCGAUGGACCUUGUUAGCAACCCGAGCAAGACAAAGGUCAUUGUCACGAUGGAACACACAGACAAGAAGGGUAAUCCCAAGAUCUUGAACCAAUGCUCUUUUCCUCUUACAGCCCGGGCGUGUGUAUCACGCAUAAUUACGGACUUGGGAGUGUUCGACGUGGACUUUGCUACGGGUUUAAAGCUGGUUGAAAUUGCUCCUGGUGUCACUGUGGAUGAGGUCAAGGCUAAGACUGAAGCUCCUUUUACUGUUGCCGAGCCAUUGGAGUCAAUGACAGGAGUGUGA